CUCCCAAUGAUGACAAAGUAGAUAUUCUUGCAAAAAAAUGCAAAAAUGUUAAUAUAGAAACAGAUAUACCAUAUGCAGAAUUUUCUAAAAAUGCAGCUAAAAGCGAAGCAAAUGAGGACAUAAACAAAGAACAACAACAAAAAAAACCAAAACAUCCUUGUCCAACUUGUAAGGGGACUGAUCAUUCACAUUCUUCAAGCAACUGUUGUAAAUUUCAAAAACAUCAUGCAUCCAAAUCUGUUCAAGAAAUACAAAUGAUGCACAAUAAAAACUGGACUUGGAGGAUUCCUUAA